AGAAAAAAAAAAAAAAAAUCAAACAUGAUUGCAUAUUCUAUCCUGUAUGGCUGUAUUGCUCCAAAAAAAAAAAUCCUGUAUGGCUGUAUAUAAUAGAUUAUAUAAUAAAAUAUACAAAUACACCAAAAUUUCUGUAUCCUAUAUAUAUAUAAAGCAAUAAUAUCUGUUUUGCUUGAGCAUUUUCUAUCCUACCUAAUCAAAACAUUUCUAUCCUCCAUUAAACCACAAAGAAAGAAUAUAAAAAAAUUCCCGUACAUUAUUUGUUGCAAAUCAACAACCAAGAAUUCAAGAUGCCAUUUCAUCAAUCAGCAUUGGAAGAGACACUUGAACCAAAUGUCGAUCAUGUUGAUAUGGGAAGCACCUCUCUUCCCACGAAAAGGUUGGAAGGAAAAGUUGCAAUUGUCACAGGAGGAGCAGGAGGUAUAGGAGAAACAGUUGUGAGACUCUUCGCAAGCCAUGGUGCUAGGGUAAUCAUAGCCGAUAUCAUGGACACCCAAGGCAUGAUCAUAGCAGACUCGUGGUCCCCUACCGUGACUUACAUCCAUUGUGAUGUUAGUCAAGAAGAAGAUGUCGAAAAUUUGGUCAAAAACACAAUUGUGCUCUAUGACAAGCUAGAUAUCUUCUUCAACAAUGCCGCAAUUUUAGGCCAACAAAAAAUCAAGAGCAUUAUGGAUUUUGAUGGUGAUGAAUUUGAUAAAAUUAUGAGUGUAAAUGUGAAAGGCAUGGCCCUAGGGACUAAAUACGCCGCUAGGGCCAUGGUCCCUAGGAAAAGUGGUUGCAUCAUUUCCACUUCUAGUGUAGCCGGGGUCCUUGGUGGAUGCGGACCCCAUUCCUACACAGCCUCAAAACACGCAAUUGUAGGUCUUACCAAGAAUGCAUCAUUGGAACUUGGAAAGUAUGGGAUUAGGGUAAAUUGUAUCUCCCCUUUUGGUGUAGCAACCUCCAUGCUAAUUAAUGCAUGGCGUGAUGAUGAGGAAGAAGAGCACGUCAAUGAUGUGUCAAGGGUGCAAAAAGUGGAAGAAAUUGUUAAAGGGUUUGCAAAUAUGAAGGGUGCAACACUUAAGGCUCAAGAUGUUGCUGAGGCUGCACUCUUCUUAGCUAGUGACGAGUCCAAAUAUAUAAGUGGUCAUAACCUUGUUAUAGAUGGAGGUUUUACCACCUCAAGAAAUUGUAUUGGCUUGUAGUUUAUUUUUUUUUAGUGUCCUUAAACUUAAAAAAAAAAAAAAUUGGACCGUAACUUUGUAGUCCAAUUGGAUCUUAAUUAGUUUGCAUCUCUAUUUAAGUUACUUUGUUAUUCGUCUCCUAUAGUUUUUUUUUUAAUCAUUGUUAUUAUUAAUUUACCAUAACUCAUACUGUGAAGUUUUUUAU